AUGGGUGGUUUACCCACAAAAAUGUUUGUUGGAGGAAGCAUGGGAGGUAGCGAGGGAGGUACUGGGAAAGAAGGAGAGGGAUUGGGGAAGGAGGAGUUGGGAGGGGGAGAGGCGGAGGUUGGAAAAUUGGGGGAGCGAGGAAGUGAGAGUGGGGAGAAGAGCGAGGGGAGGGAAGGGCGCGCAUGGGGGAAAGGGGAGUUUGAGGAAGGGGAGGGUGGGAUUGCUGUGAGGGUUGGGCGAGAUGAGGGUGAUGAGAUGGAGGGAGGAGUGGAGGAGUGUGAGGAUGAAGAGUGUGAAAGGGAGAGUGAGGAAAAGGAGGUUGAGAUUGCUGUGGGGGAUGGGCGAGAUGAGGCUGGUGAGAUCGAUGGAGGAGUGGAGGAGGGUGAGGAGGGUGAGGAGGGGAGUGAGGGGAAGAAGGUGGAGGAGAGUGAGGAUGAGGAGGAGGAGGAGGAGGAGGAGGAGGAGGAGGAGGAGGAGGAGGAGGAGGAGGAGGAGGAGGAGGAGGAGGAGGAGGAGGAGGAGGAGGAGGUGGUGGAGGAGUCAAUUGAGUGUGAUUCAAUCAAGAGAGAUGGCGGGCAAGAGAAAGAGAGAAUCAGGGAGGUUACUGCAUUGUUAGGGAAAGUUGGAGACGCUGAAAGGGGGUUGCUACAGAGGGAUGUGGGGAAGCAGGGCAAUGGGUCGUGGCAGCAAGGGGAUGAAGGGAAGCAGCAAGGCUCCGAGUCGGGAUUUGAUGCACUGUGGAGGUCAGCAGGUGCGGUGGAGCAUGGUCAACACGACGUGGGAGAGUGGUUGCUACAGGGGGAUGCAGGGAAGCAGGACAAUGGGUCAGCACGGCAGGCAGAGGGAGGGCAGCAAGUCAGUGGGGCGUCUGAGACUGAUGGGAUGAAGGCGGGUGAUGCCUCGUGUGAGACUGAUGGGAUGAAGGCGGGUGAUGCCUCGUGUGAGACCGAUGGGAUGAAGGCGGGUGAUGCCUCGUGUGAGACCGAUGGGAUGAAGGCGGGUGAUGCCUCGUGUGAGACUGAUGGGGAGGGUAAGACAGGUGACGGGUCGUGUGAGGCGGAUGGGUGUGACUGGGGAGAAGCGCGGAGGGGGAAGGCGCGGGGGUGGAUGAGAUGGAAGGUUCUGGCGGCCGUGGGUGCUGCUGCUGUGAUUAUGGGCGGGGCGGCUGUGAUUUUGACGAAGGGGAGGGGCUGGAAGGGGAGGGGAGGGAGAGAAAGGAGUGGGGAGAGGAGGGAGUGGGGGCAGAAGCAGGAGGAGGCGCGGAGAGAGGAGGAAGGGGUGGGACUGGAUGGGGAUCAAGGGGAUGAAGGGGGAGAGAGGAGAGAGAGGCGGGGGGAAGGGGAAGUGCUGGAAGAGAGGUGGUUGGUAGGGGGAGAGGGGGCUGAGGGGCCAGGGGAAGGGGAAGGAUGUAUUGUUGAGAGUUAUAACAGAAUGGGAGAGGUGGCGGAGGAGGGGUGGGUGGUACAAGUAGAGGGUAAGGAGGGAAAUGAGGGGGAGGAGGGAUGGCUGGUUCUCAAGGAGAGGAAGGAGGUGGGAGUGAAGGAAGAGGAGGAAGGAACUGAGUGCUCAGUGGGGGACCAGCAGCAUAGGGAUGAGGAGGAGUGGGUGGGGGAGCAGCAGCGGUGGCAGGGGGAGCAACAGAGGGUGGAGAGGGACCGAGAGAGGAGGAGAGGCGUGUGGGGUGGUUUGUGCUUCAAGGGGGGUGGGUUAGGCCUUGGUGUGGGGGAUGAAGAGGAGGGAGAUGCGGAAGAGGAGACGGAGGAGGAAGAGGACGAAGAGGAGGACGAGCCGAUGUCCAUGUGA